AUGCGUUCAACAGCAUUCCUCACAAUCCUUUCAUUCGUCCUCUCCUUCUCCAUCGAGGUUUCUGCUCAGGCGGCGGCAUCGGCGGCAUAUGCCCCCGCUCUCGGUGCAUGCCCUUCCGGCACCUCUCUCCUUCGUAACGUCGGCACCGACGCCUCCGCCCAGACCGUCAGCAGCGACGAGCAGUCGUACAUCUCCUCGCGCAAAACCGACGUUCUCCCCUCCGCGUGGAAGGCGUACCUCGCUGCCGUCGAAAACGCAUCCCCCAACGUCGCCCUUCCGGACUACCUUUCCAAAGUCCUCGGCGGCGACGCGAACGCCCCCACCCUCGGCAUUGCCACCAGCGGCGGCGGCCACCGCGCCGCGAUCGUCGGCGCCGGCAUUCUCAACGCGCUCGACGGCCGCAACCAGUCCUCCGUCGGCUCCGGCACCGGCGGCCUCCUGCAGGCCGCAUCCUACCUCGCGGGCCUCUCUGGCGGCUCGUGGCUCGUCGGCUCGCUCGCGCAGGGCGACUUCCCGACGAUCCCGCACCUCGUCUUCGGCGGCGAUGGCGUCACCGGCUGGCAGACGCAGCUCGACCUGCUCGCACCGACGGGCAACACGACCACCGACGCGGAGUACGUGAAGGGGCUCUUCGCGGAGAUCGCGUACAAGUACAUCAAGGGCUUCCCCGUCACCAUCGCCGACAUCUGGGCGCGCGCGCUCUCCCACCACUUCGUCAACGGCACGACUGCGGAGAACGUCUUUGACGAGAGCCUCACGCAUGGCGCCGGCGCGACGUGGUCCUCCGUCGCGAAGCUCCCGUCUUUCCAGAGUCACCAGCAGCCGUUCCCGAUCAUCCUCGCGAACACGAUCACCAGCAAGAACAACGGCAGCGAGUUCAUCGAGCCCGUUCAGGGCGUUGUCGCGCUCGAGAACCCCAUCUACGAGUUCAACGUCUUCGAGAUGGGCUCGUGGGACCCCGUGCUCGGCGCGUUCACGCCGACCAAGUAUCUCGGCUCCCCCAACGACACCGCCUGCGUCACUGGCUAUGACCAGGUGUCUUUCGUGCAGGGCAUCUCUGCCGACCUCUUCAUCGAGUACAACCAGACCGGUGUCGAUAUCCUCCAGACCGCGAUCGGCUCCAUCAUCGGCGGCCUGGAGGCCACCUUCCCCGAGCCGAACCUCCGCCUGGAUACCGCUGCGGUCCCGAACCCCUUCUUCGGCGUUGCGCCAGACGUUUACCCGGACACCGCCGAGACGAUCCUCAACCUGGUCGACGGCGGCAUGGACGGCGAGGUGACGCCCUACCAGCCCCUGCUCGUCAAGGCGCGUGGCGUCGACACCAUCCUCGCGAUCGACGCCGUCGCGGACAGCACGGACAACUGGGCCCAGGGCCGCUCCCUCAUCGCCACCGCGGACCGCGUGAACAUGUUCUACGGCGCCUCGUACUCCUUCCCGUCCGUGCCCACCGACGUCGCCACGUUCGUCGCGCAGAACCUGACCACGCGCCCGACGUUCUUCGGCUGCGACGUCGACGCCGCCUCCGACGCGCCCCUCGUCAUCUACAUCGCGAACGGCGGCGCGCCGCUCGGCGAGGCCCCGGUGACGAACACGUCGACGGCGCAGACGCAGUACGCGCUCGACCAGGUGCAGGCGAUGCUCGACCAGUCCUUCGCGCUCGCGACGCAGGGCAUCCCCACCGACGCGGCGACGCGGGACCCGGAGUGGCCGGCGUGCCUCGCGUGCGCGGUCGCGGACCGCUCGCGGCGCGCGCUCGGCGUCGAGCGCAGCGGGGUGUGCACGAGCUGCAUGGAGCGCUACUGCUGGAGCGCGUGA